AUGGCCAGCAGUGGCAGUGGUCAAGCAUCGCCGCCGUAUAGACCCUACCGCCACCUCAAGACCCUUCGCGGCCAUGAAAACGCCGUGUCGUGCGUCAAGUUCUCAAACGACGGCAACCUACUGGCCUCGGCGUCGCUCGACAAGACCGUCAUCCUCUGGUCAUCAUCCGCCCUAACUCUUCUCCGCCGCCUCGUCGGCCACUCCGAAGGCAUCUCCGACCUUGCUUGGUCCUCCGACUCCCACUACAUCUGCUCCGCCUCCGAUGACCGCACCCUCCGCAUCUGGGACGCACGCACCUCCGCCGGCGAGUGCGUCAAGACCCUCAAAGGCCACUCCAACUUCGUUUUCUGCGUCAAUUUCAAUCCACAGUCCAACCUCAUCGUCUCCGGCUCAUUCGACGAAACGAUUCGUAUUUGGGAGGUCAAGACGGGGAAGUGCCUCCACGUCAUCAGGGCUCACUCGCUGCCUGUGACCUCCGUGCACUUCAAUCGAGAUGGGUCGCUCAUCGUCUCCGGCAGUCACGACGGGUCUUGCAAGAUUUGGGACACAGCGUCAGGGACUUGCUUGAAGACGCUCCUUGAGGAUAAGACCGCUGCAGUCUCCUUCGCUAAGUUUUCGCCUAAUGGCAAGUUCAUACUCGUCGCCACUCUCAAUGACACCCUCAAGCUGUGGAACUACUCAACUGGGAAGUUUUUGAAGAUCUAUACAGGUCAUGUGAACAACGUGUAUUGCGUAACAUCCACAUUUUCUGUGACAAAUGGUAAAUACAUUGUUAGUGGCUCGGAGGAUCACUGUGUCUACUUAUGGGAUCUUCAGCAGAAAACUAUGGUGCAGAAACUUGAAGGCCAUUCUGAUACUGCCAUCUCCGUUUCCUGUCAUCCAUCAGAAAAUAAGAUUGCGUCUGCAGCUCUUGGAAAUGAUAGAACUGUCAGGAUUUGGUUUCAAGAUACUUAA